UGAUGUUCCAAAACUGUAGCGUUGAGCACGAGAAUGUCAUAUGACAACGUUAACUUUAGUUUUUGUCAUUAGCGUAUGUAAUUUGAUCCUUUUGAGCAUCCGUAGUCCUGUGUUUACAUGUGUAGCGAACCAUGUUAGCUAGCUAUGCUAGCCGUAAGCAACACAUUACUAUUUUUGAAUGAGUGAGUGACACGUUUGUCCAGGCACAUGCUCCUUUAAGUCAGCCGGUCUGCUGUCGUAGCCAUGCUAUCGAGGUUAGAGCUAGUUAGCGAGCUAACGUUAACUUGAAUUUGACUUAUUUCAACAGGUGGCAGGCGCUAGCUAAAGUUAGCUAGCACGUAAGACUGAAUCCCAUGGCCUGAUCACAUGUUAGUAAGCUGUCUUGCGCACAAAUUCUAUAAAUAUGUAGCUAGCUAACUGGUGAAUCUCGUUUAGGUUUUCAUGCUAGGACCUCAGUUCUUUAAAUCAUUGAGAGGGAUUUGUCUGCUUCAAAGAGUGCUUGUAGCUGAAAACAUCAAUGUGCGAACUGCACAAGGUGCCUCGCGGAAUUUGAUCAAAGCUCGUCAAAACAGUUGCUACGUGUCUGUGUUACCUCAAGGUCAGGUAAACUUCAUUGAAAUGCAGCCGGUCACCGGGACUGAUUAUGCUGUCGAGCUUGAGACAAACAGCACUGAACAUGGCAACGACCACCUGCUGUCACCUGCACAUGGUGCAUCAACCGAUCCAGUUGCUGCCGAGAAGAGUCACUUGCAUUGCAAUGUGAAGGAGCUAAUUGCCCCUGAACAUGAAAUAGUGAAGAGGAUCAAGAAGAGACCCAAGAAGCCACGUGGAAGGAAACAGAAGUUUAAGUCAUCUGAAUGUUCUGACAAUCUUAUGUCCGAACUUCCAUUUGCAAGUACAGCAGUAUGGAAGGACCUCGGCUUUACCAAGCCAGAGGCCAAAUUGAAAAAUAAACGAAAGAGAGGUGCAAGUGGUCGGGUAGAAAGUGAAGAGGAUGCAGAUACAAAGAAGAAGAAGAAGGAAACACAACGCCCAAACUACUUUGUUUCAAUACCCAUCACAAAUCCCAAGAAUCACUCGAAGCAGCAGACAAGGCGAUCCAAUUUCGCCUUUGCUAUUCUUAUAUCCCUGGAACCUCUGGCCAGAUCAGUGAAGGUGUGGGGGUGGUGCAGGCCCUGGUGAUGCAGAGAGACUCCAGACUCACACGGGCUCUGGUGCCUGUGGGCAGUCUUCACAUCACGCUGCUGGUGACUCACUUGGCCAGUCAAGAGGAAGUCAACUUGGCGGUGUGUGCAGUGGACCAAAUGAAGGCAGUGCUGCGGGACCUGCUGCGGGGGCGGGAGCUCAUCCUGCCCUUCCACGGCAUCGGACACUUCAGGAAUGAGGUGGCGUUCGUAGAGCUGGCUCAGGGAGAACACCUCGCCACGCUGGCCCAGAUCACAGGGGUUGUGAGGAAAACAUUUGAGGAGAAAGGCCUCUCGUCCGGCGACGGCAAAGCGUUCAAGCCCCACCUUACCUUCAUGAAACUGUCCAAAGCUCCUAAGCUACGCAGUCAGGGUGUGAAGAAGCUGGACCCUGAGCUGUACUCUGACUACGCUCAGCAUCAUUUUGGAGACGAGAGGGUGAUCAGGCUGGACCUUUGCUCAAUGUUGAAGAAAAAGACCCCAGAUGGAUACUACCACCAAGAGGCCUCCGUUACAUUCGGUGUGAAGAGGGGUCCGGAGCCUGACGAUGAGGAGCUGGUGAGCCUGAGUAAGAGGCUGGUGGAGGACGCCGUGCUGCGGGCCGUGCAGCAGUACAUGGAUGAGACUCAGCACAACGGGGCCGCGUCAUCUGACCUGGCGCGGCCCUCAGACAACCUCAACAGUAACACUGUCAACACUACCACCACCGACACCAGCGCCAGCAGCAAGUGACCACAGACAAUUCCCCCAGGCGGCACUGAACACUAACCAGCCCAGGCAGGAACUCAGGCAGUCAGCCAGCCCAGGAGCCAAUGGGCAGUUGAGGGGUUUUACUAGACAAGGAAGGUGGGCUUUUUGGGGGCAGGACACUGAAUUGAUCGUGGAAUCCCUAUGCAGCUUUUUGUGUAUCUUUAACUCUGUCACCCACUACUCUCAGUAGUCUCCCUCCAAACAAGCCUCUGUCGUGUCUGUCUGCCCAACUGUCUGACUAGUUUUAUUGGCUGCCAAAGGUCGCCCCAACAUUCAGAGUGGAGCUGACGUGUCACAACACACACUACAGACUGAUCUGGGACCUGAGGUUAGGUUGGGCUAAACCUCGGCCCUCCGCAAGGUGCGGUCGGUGCAAAGACAAUCACCGUCUUUCUACUAAAGCUAAAACAUCACUACAAAAUGAACUGCAACUCAAAAUCUUGAGGCCAAGGGGAUUGACUAUGCAGUUAGAAAAUAUGCUGUGAACUAUGUUUACGUGAUCCUGUCUCAUCUGUGCUGUAUGUGGUUAAGACGUGAAGGGUAAAUGUAGAGUGGGUCCCAUGUCCUACCUGUGGUAAAAAAUCUGCUUUUUAAAAUCUAAUGAAUAUACACAGCCAAAAAGGUUGACCUACUGGCGAUGAGGAUCACAUUGGGUGUCUGUUAGUUUGUUUGUGUGUUUUGUUUGUCCCCUGUAGAAGAGGCUGGUUGAUGCAGCAGACCUGGUUGGGAAGCCCCUUCACACACAGAACCAGUGUCCGUCUCAGAAACUACAGGACAUAAAGGAGCUUUUAUCUCAGCCAGCUGUCCAGGCUAGCAUCCGCCGGAAGAUCUCUGGAGGACAGGGUCCAUCUGCAUCUGACUGACUGAACACUCCCAGUGCCCGCCUCCAGGGCGGCGACAGCACCAAGGAACUUCGCAUACUGUAAGAGUAGGUUACUGUACUAGACAGGAGAGAGACACCACAGUACAAACACAACAGAAAGUACAUCCAGUUGUCAUAGUGGAAGGUUUUUUUGUAUGAUAAUAUUAUUUACAUUACUACAAAAAAAAUAUGUUUGUAAUUUUGAAAUGAGUAGGAAAAAAAUAGUUGGCUGAAAAAAGGACAACUGAUGAAUUUCAGUUUUUAUUUUACAUGCUGUUAGCGGAGUAGAUGCUUAAAUUACCACAUCCGAACUGGCCUUAAUGAUGACUGAAGUGAAGUAGACCUUGAUUUAUUAUUACCUUGCUCUUGGAGGCUUGUGUUUUGUUUAUGUCUAUAUUCAGCUUUUGCAUAAAUUCACCAGAACCUUAACAUAUGCUUUGUGUCACAGAUGUGUCAUGGGAUGCUACAGCGUUGUCUGCUGCCUUGCUUAUGGUCUCCACAGUCUAAAGGUUGUUCUAUGUACCAGGUUUGCUAGAUGUCAACGACAGUUUUGUGUGUCAUGUCUAGCCACAAUGAACAAUAAAAAAUAAAAAUAAAUCAGGAUAUGAAAAUCGAU